UCAGAGAAUAGGUCUCAGUUCUCAUCUCUCUCCCUCUCUCUAUCUCUACUAUAACAGUGAACAGAGAGGUGUUUGUUUGGACACGCCUUUGUUGUUGCUUUGGACUCUUUCUUUUUUUAUUUACUCUCAAUUUUUUUUUUUUUUAAUCAGUGACCAAAAUAAAAACCAACCACUAAUUUGUGGGUGCUUCACCAAUAGACUUGACAGACAUCAAAAGAGAAGACUAAUACAAAAUCUGACAAUCACAAAACCAACAAAAGUUUCUUGCUUCUUUGCUCUUUGUCUUCUUUCUCUUCUCAGCAUAAAUCCACACCUCUCUCUCCACUGUUACUCACUUCUUUCACCACAUUUCUUUUCUCUUUUGGGGGAAAAAUCAAGAAAAAGAGAGAUAGAAUCUAGUUCUACCCAAGAGUGUUUUUAGUUUCUUUCUCUUUUUUUGGCUAUGGAAGCUUGUUGCUCUGAUCUUGAAGUAGACAUCAAUGGAGAAGAAACUAUCUUUCUCAAUAAGCAAAUCAUAUGUGCUUAUUCUGGAACGUUAAGGAAACUUUUGGGGAAAUCAACUUGUUCCAAUGGAAAUCUCAAGGUGAUCUUUAAUGAUUUUCCUGGUGGAGGGGAGAGUUUCGAGCUUGUUUCGAGAUUUUGCUACAAUAACGGUCGAUUAGCUGUGAUGCCUUCGAAUGUAGUUUUCUUGCAUUGUGCUGCUAAGUUUAUGGAAGUCACUAAAGUCUUGGAACAAACAGAGAAGUGUAUGGAAGAGAUUCGGUAUUGGGCUUGGCCAGAGGUUCUUCUCUGUUUAAAACAGUGUCAAGAAGUUGAAACAUCGCCCGUAGCUGAUUCUUUAGCUGCGAAACUGAUGGAUGCGUUAGUGGAGAAACUUUGUUUAACUAUUGAAAUGAGUCCUUCUAGUGCUGCUUCUGCUUGUUCACCAGAUAGCAGCUUGUUUCGAUUUUCUUGUGAUAGUAAAAGUACCGAGAGUUUCACGAAUAGCUCUCUGGAUCAAGCAACACUAGACAAUCUUCUUGUUACAUCUCCAUCGAAAUCGAGUCACUUGUACUAUGUGAAUCUUGUUCUUAGAUUCACAAAAGCUUUCCUCGACGGAGAAAGAGGAGGAUUGCAAUUGAAGAAAGUCUCAAGCUUGAUUGACCAAUACAUAGCUGAAGUAGCACCUGAUCCUUGCUUGAAACCUUCAAAGUUUCUUUCUCUACUCACACUUGUUCCAGAUUCAGCCAGAGAAUCCCACGAAGAAAUAUAUCGUGCAAUCGAUAUGUAUCUCGAGGCUCACACAGGAUUAACCGAUGGCGAAAAACUCAACUUGAUACGAACAUUAAGUUACGAAAAGCUUUCAGGAGAAUCAAGAGCACACAUUUCCCGUAACACGAAGUUUCAGGCAAUUGAGACACUAGAUGAACAACAACAACAACCGAAGCAGCUCAUACUCCGAAUGGAGAAGGUUGAGAUUUCAGGAGAAAACGAGAAGCUGAAGGAACAUAUUGAAGGGAUUCAGUGGCGGGUAAUGGAGUUGGAGAGAGCCUGUUUAAAAAUGCAGAAUCAAAUGGAAGUUAUCAAGAAGAAAUCCAAGAGCUCGAGCAAAGGAAGUAACAGAUCACUUCCUAAGCUCUGUUCUUGAUUUAGUGAAGCUGUAGCUUACAAGAUCAUAUUUGUACAUAAAGAGUGAUAGAGAGCAUAAGGAGUCAACAAUUAUAGUUACAAUUUGUUUCUUAUGUUUCUUAUCUUUUCUUGUGUUGUUUACUGUCACAACAGUUGUUCGUAAGGAAAAGUAAAGAUAGAUUCGAUUUGAUGGAGAUGUUGAUACAAACUUAAA